AUGCCGAAUAAAAAAACAAAGCAACAAACAAAUGAAUUUGUUGGCGCGAUUGAUCAAGGAACAUCAUCAUCUCGUUUUCUCAUUUUUAAUGCAUCAAAUCUUGAAUUAGUAACAUAUCAUCAAGAAACUAUAGAAAUAUCUACACCACAACCGGGUUGGGUUGAACAAGAUCCAAAUGAACUUUUGGAAAAAACCACUCUAUGUAUAGAAAAAGCCGUCGAACAAUUUGAAGGAUUGGGCUAUAAUAAAUCAGACAUUAAAGUUAUUGGUAUAACAAAUCAACGUGAAACAACAAUUUUAUGGGAUAAAGAAACAGGAAAAGUAUUACAUAAUGCUCUUGUAUGGUUAGAUGCACGUACACAAGAAACAGUUGAUUUUCUUUUAAAACAAUAUAAUAAACGCCAAGAUUGUUUACAAGAAAAAUGCGGUUUACCAUUAUCAACCUAUUUCUCUGCAUUAAAGAUUCGAUGGUUAAUGGAUAAUUGUGAAGAAGUUAGAACAGCUAUUGAGGAAAAACGUUGCUGUUUUGGUACCGUUGAUAGCUGGCUACUUUAUAAUCUGCUUUCUGAUGACAAGAAUACAGUGCAUGUGACCGAUGUAACAAAUGCUAGUCGAACAAUGUUAAUGAAUAUUCGUACUCUCAAAUGGGAUGCUAGUCUUUGCGACUUCUUCAGUAUUCCUGAGCAUAUUUUGCCAGAGAUUAAAUCAUCUUCAACAAUUUUUGGUUAUAUUAAUAAAGGUGCUCUUCAAGGUGUUCCUGUUGGAGCAGUACUCGGUGAUCAACAAGCAGCACUUGUUGGACAACGAUGUUGGACUAAAGGAACAGCAAAAAGCACAUACGGAACUGGUUGCUUUAUUCUGUAUAAUACAGGUAAUGAUUUAGCUUAUUCGCUGAAUGGUCUUUUAACAACAGUAGCAUAUAAAUGGAACGAUGAUGAUCCUGUCUAUGCUCUCGAAGGUUCUAUUGCUAUUGCCGGUCAAUGUAUUAAAUGGUUACGUGAUAAUCUUGGAUUAAUACCAGAUUCAAAAAGCACUGAAACAAUUGCAGCUUCUGUAAAAGAUACCGGUGGUGUUUAUUUUGUUCCUGCAUUUUCCGGUUUAUUUGCACCUUAUUGGAGAUCUGAUGCUCGAGGUUUGAUUACUGGUAUGACUCAAUAUACAACAAAAGCACAUAUUGUUCGUGCUGCUCUCGAAGGUAUAUGUUAUCAAACUCGUGAGAUUGUUGAUGCUAUGUAUGACGAUAGUGGUGUACGUCUUUCAAAAUUAAAAGUCGAUGGAGGAAUGGCCAAUAAUAAAUUAUUUCUUCACAUGCUUGCAGAUAUUGUUGGUAUGAAUGUAACAACACCCGGUUUAUCUGAAACAACUGCAUUAGGUGCUGCACUUGCUGCUGGUAAAGCAAAAGGAAUUGAUUUAUUUCAAUUAGACGAUGAAAAUGAAAUUGACACAAAAAUGAGUUCAUAUACACCAAAAAUACAUGGAGAACAACGUGAAGAAAAUUUUGCAAGUUGGAAAAAAGCUGUUAUAAAAAGUUUCGAACGUCUAACACCUCCAUUUAAUAUUGAAAAUAAAAGUAUGCAUGAAGAAAAAUCUCAUCUAUCAACAACAACAACUGUUGCAUGGCUAACUUUGACAAGUCUUCUUGGUGUUUUAUUGUAUAUGAGUUCUCGUAAUCAUUAA